CCAGGUUAGCCCCAAGAACUAGGGUCACAGCUUUGAAGCAAGCAUAAGUUUUAUUUCUGCUCUCUCUCACUUUGGGUGCGUUCCAAAAGGAGCCUCUCAACCGCAUCUGUAACAGGACACCUCAGUUCACGUCGGACCAUUCACAGCAGCAGAAGGGCAGGAUCGGCUGUAGAAAAGUCACUAUGAACAGGAUCGGAGUGCACUUAAAAGGAAAGAAUGGGAGCGAAGGAAUCAAGAGGUACAGCAAGAUGAAGAUCUCUUUGCAUCGGGGUUUAAUCUUUUUGGGGAACCCUACAAGACCAACAAAGGUGAUGCACUUGCUAACCGAGUCCAGAACACACUGGGGAACUAUGAUGAAAUGAAGGACUUAUUAACUAACCACUCGAACCAGAGUCACCUUGUGGGGAUCCCAAAGAAUUCUGUGCCCCAGACUCCUGUCGAUAAAAAUGAAUCCAACUUUUUCUCGGAGCAAAGGAACCGGAUGAUUCCGUCUCAUCAGACAGCGCCCACUCAUCAGCAUCGAUGCCUCCCCCUCCUUCAUUGACGGUGAAUUCGACUGUAUUACAUGGCCAUCAGAGCAGCCGAAAAUCCAGAACGGAUUGGUCACGGGCUAGUCACAGCUCCAGCAGCGGCACAGCCUAGCCAGUCUAGUGGUCAGCAAAGCAGGACAAAGCACAGCUCUUCUCAAUGAUCAGUCUCAGGGAGAUACGAAGACCUCUACAGCUGUCCAAACGAACAGCAUAAAAGUGGAGGAGUUGAGGACUCGAAUACUUCUGCAUCAUCUUCCCAUUCAAGGAGACACAAUCAUUCCAAGUCAAGCCGGUGGAGAACAUUCUUUUAAGGAAGCAGUCAUUCAAAGUCACCGGUAGAAUCUGAAUUUGCGGCACAUGGGUCUGGAUCCCCACUCCCCUCAACAUCGUUAUUAAACUCCAAGCAAUGGUCUUUCAACUCAGAAUUUCCCACCAGGGCUUCACUCUAAAACCAGUAUGGUCCAGCAGAAGCCAACUGCUUAUGUAAGGCCUAUGGAUGGUCAGGACCAGGUGCCCAAUGACUCACCAGAACUGAAACCUCCCAUAGAAAUUGAGAGUGGAUAUGGGAAUCAGUCCUUUGGAGCGCUUCUGGAAGGAAAACCCAGUGCAUCCAGUUCAAAGAGUAAAUUACCAAAGCUCACCAUUCCUCAAGCAAGUGAAGUCAGCCUGCCCAAUGAUCCCAGCUGUGUGGAAGAAAUCUUACGGGAGAUGACCCAUACCUGGCCACCUCCUCUCACUGCCAUUCAUACCCCUGGAAAAGCUGAACAGACCAAGUUUUCCAUCCCAAGCAAGGAUUCCCAACACCUGACCUCAGGAUACAGUGUACAAAAGUGGAGUGACCCAGCCAGCAAAGGUACCAGCAAGUCAGUGCCACAAAAGUCAAUGCUUGAGGAUGACCUGAAACUCAGCAGUGAUGAAGACGACAGCGAACAGGCUGCUGAAAAGACAAAACCUAGAAACAUUCCCAUAAAUACUAAAGACACAUCCUGGGAGCAGCUGAGAGAAGACGAGAGAGAGAAUACUAAAGACACAUCCUGGGAGCAGCUGAGAGAAGACGAGAGAGAGAACGGUCUUCCUUUGCAGACGGCGCACAAUGCAACGUUAAUGCAUUCCAGUGGGGGAUCGGGAAGUUCCAGUGAAUCUGAGAGUAGCUCUGAGUCUGAUUCGGACAGUGAAAGCAGCUCCAGUGACAGUGAGUGCAACGAGGAGUCUCGCAGCGCGACCCCAGAGCCUGAACCUCCCUCAACCAACAAAUGGCAGCUUGAUAAAUGGCUGAAUAAAGUGAACCCCCACAAUAAGACAAUUAUCAGCAACCAAAAUGAGACCCUUAGUGAAAGCAGUUCCCAACUCCCCAGCAACCAACAGGCAGAGGGACAAGGUAAAGGGAAGCCCAACAACAGCCUACCCCAGGCUGAUGCCAAGGACAGGGCACUCCUCAGCCCCGUCCGAGAGAAGGCCCGGCCGCGAGUCACCCAGAAAACUCCAGAGGCCAAGAAUUCCAAGCAAAAGUCGCCAGCUCACAAUGAGCCGGCCUCCCAAAGGACUACAGGCAAAAAGCAGCCCAAAAAGGUAGAGAGGACUUCCAGCGUCGAAGAUUAUAACUGGCCCAAACCAAAUAAUACCAGCAGCACGCCCAAAGAGAAAGACGUCCCCGAGCCACCGGAGCAGCCGAAGGUCCGGACGAAAGCAGCCGUCGGGAAAACAGCCCCCAGGAAAGAACCGAGGACUAACAUAGCCCUGGCUCCGGAGAAGAAGAAGUACAGAGGCCCAAGCAAAAUCGUCCCCAAAUCCCGCGAAUUCAUUGAGACGGAUUCGUCGACCUCCGAUUCCAACACCGACCAAGAAGAGAUUUUACAGGUUAAAAUGUUGCCUACUUGCCCCAGUUCGACCGGUACCGUUAAAUCUAAGGAAUCAAAUAGCAACAUCCUCAGUGUAAGUAGCUUAACAAGCAGCAGCAGCAACAGCAGCAACACAUCGAUAGAUCAGACCGGCAACGACUUGGAAGAGCCGCUUUUCUCACCCAUUCCCAUUGUGCAAAAUGAACUCCUCUCCCCUCUUCGGGAAUACGAAGAGCUCAAAUCCCUCUGGGUGAAGAUAGAUCUUAGUUUACUCUCCAGGAUUCCUGGACAAGAGCCAUUCGAGGCCGUGUCCUUAAAGACCGAGCCCAAAGAGAGCAGCACAAAGCACAGACGGCCGUCCCGGGACUCGCCCCCUCCUCCACCCCCUGAAAAGUCUUCCGCUAAAUCCAAGAGGAAACACAAGCAGUCUGAGAGCUCGGAUCCUUUCACUGAGAAGAAACCACGCCUGGAGGAGGCCCCGACUUCCUGCCUGCUUCCACCUUGCAUCUCGCCAAUACCUAAUCACAGGCUCACCAGCACAAAAGAAAGUAAUUCUGUCAAAAAGAUGACAAAGAAGAGAGAAGAGAAGCUGUUCCCCCCUCCGCUCUCCCCACUGUUGGAUGAACCCGUGCACCGGAGACACAGCAUGGAGAACAACUCCUUCUGUCCGGAUAACGGUGUCCUCAGUUCUACAGCACCCCCCAGCUCAUCUUCCACUUCUAAACACAGAAAAAAUGAGAGCAAAUCUUCUAAUUUCAAAGGUGUUUAUGAGGAAGAAUCUCACAAUAGGCCAGCAAGUGGCCUUCUUGAAAGCGGUCAAUUGGAGAUGACUAUUUGGUCUACAGUGCCCACCCUGUCCAAUGGAAGCUCUGAUUCCAGAAGACCUAAAAUCUCAUUUGAUGACAUGCUACACAAUGCAGAUUAUUACAUGCAGGAGGCUAAGAAACUAAAGCACAAAGCUGAUGCACUGCUGGAGAAGUUUGGCAAAGCCGUGAAUUAUGCCGAUGCAGGCCUCUCCUUCAUUGAAUGUGGCAACGCUAUGGAGCGAGAUCCCCUAGAAGCAAAAUCUCCAUACACCAUGUACUCAGAGACUGUAGAACUCAUCAGGUAUGCAAUGAGACUCAAGAAUUUCACAGGCUCCUCUGCCACAGAAGGUGACAAGAAACUAGCAGUUUUAUGCUAUCGAUGCUUAUCACUUCUCUACUUGAGAAUGUUUAAACUAAAGAAGGACCAUGCUAUGAAGUACUCCAGAUCGCUGAUGGAAUAUUUUAAGAAUUCUUCAAAAGCCUCUCAGGCACCAUCUCCAUGGGGAGGUAAUGGAAAGAGCACAGAAACUCCAUCUCCCAUGUCUCUCAGCCCAUCUCCGGUCAGCUCUGUGGGGAGCAGUGCCGGAACCGGAGGCUCGUCGUCUUCAGGCACCGUAACCAUCCCGCAGAGAAUUCACCACAUGGCUGCCAGUCACGUAAACAUCACUAAUAAUGUCCUGAGGAGUUACGAGCACUGGGAUAUGGCAGACCGACUGACCAGAGAGAACAAAGAAUUCUUUGUCGACUUGGACUCUGUAAUGGGACCGUUAACCCAACACAGCAGCAUGACCAACUUGGUCCGGUACGUUCGCCAAGGACUUCACUGGCUUCGCAUUGAGGCACAUUUGUUGUAG